AUGCCGGAGGUCCGUCAAGCAUUGCCUCUCCUCCGCGUCCACCUUUCUCGCUGGUUCUCUGGAAGAAAGCCUGCAGAAAACGAAUGCGCUGUCAAUUAUUUGCUUCUUGUGGCUGCAACCCGAAAAAGGAAAAAGACAACCUCAAGCCACAGCUUCAACCAGCGCACUACGAGCUGGCUAGACGACUUUUAUACGCCUUACGACCUGAUCUACGGCUUCGUCGUCGGCUUCCCUGAAAAUAGCAGCUACCUGAGACAAGCGUCUGGCCUGCUCGUUUUUUUUUUUUUUUUUUUUUGCAACCAGCUUUGUCCUGGAACUAGCUGGGCCAGUUGGACACUCCUUGUUUCACACCGGCGGCAAGCUGCGAAACUGCACAGGGAGGGAGGAAUCAGAUCAGAGACCACACGCGGUUUACAAGGAAGAAAGGGACAAAAGAGAAAAGAGAAGAGAGAGAGCUCAAGGGCUUCUUCAUGUCUCUGGCUGCUGCUCGCACCGGACGAUGAAGCGUACAGGAUGCGUUUCAAAAGCCAGCUCACGAACGUAGCGACGUUCUCCAAAUUUACGGCCUCCCUCUCGUCACUUGGCAAGGUCUGCUGGGUGAGGCUCGAGGAUGAGGUCGUCCGAUUCUCCAUAAUCCCAGAUCAGGGGACGCAGGUCUGGGCCCAGCUCCCAAUUCACACUGUUUUCGACUCAUAUUCUUUUUCUUCAGUUGCAAAGGUCAUAAACUUGGAGGUGCCAAUCGGUGCCCUGCAUCGCGCGCUAAAGUCAGCCACCGGCGCUACCUCUGCGCAACUACGAUUGACCAAAAAGGGGAACCAGCCUCAACUCGCCCUGACAGUGGUUACCUCGUCAUGGACGUCGGGAAAAGGUGCGUCUAACUCAGACGAGCCCGCAAGGGCUAGCGGCUCCCGCCCGGCAAAUCCUCAGUCUCUUGAAAACGGCGGCGCCUUGAGCGGGAUACCAGCCGCAGAGCUUCUGCAAGACGGACCCCGGGAACGUGAAACGAUUGUGACACAGGAAAUACCCAUCCGCGUUCUUCAUCCCUCCGCAGUCGAGGGAGUGCACGAACCACGUUGCCGUGACCCGGAUGUACAUAUCAUUCUUCCCAGUCUCAUCCAGCUCAAAAGCAUAUCCGAACGUUUCACAAAGCUUGCCACUGAUGCUGCAUCCAGUAAAGCAGGGAAUGUCAGUGCUGGUGGCAACGGCAAUGGACCUGCUCUAGCGGGCGGGAGUCAUAGCAGCGGCCCUAAGUUGGAACUUAGCGCCAACAUGCACGGGUCAUUGAAAUUGGCCAUUGCUACUGAUGCUCUUCGCAUCUCAAGUGUAUGGGCAGGACUAGUGAAUCCUCCCCUAGACCAGGCAGAUAUGACCCAGAGCGAGAUCGCUCAGCUGCCAAGUGAGCGGAUGAGAGCCCGAGCAGCAGAUGGCGAGGAAGGAUGGGCAAAAGUAAGGAUUGACGGUAAAGACUGGGGCCGGGUACUGAGUGUUGGUAGAUUAAGCCCCAAAGUCGUUGCCUGUAAGUAUUUUUAUUCUUCCUUUAUACUUGUUGUUCCCUCUUCCUCUGCUGACCCUGUAGGUUUCAUUCAUGAGACGGCCCUGGUCCUCUAUGUUUACCUCCCCGGAGGAAUAGGUGGAGAGGACUCCUGCCUAACAUAUUACAUCAACUCGUAUGCUAGCUAG